AUGAUUAUUGAUAUUCAUUUAGAAGUCCUAGGCGAAUGUCAAAAAGGGGGCCUACAUUCGACGAAGGAAGACUUUUUUGAAAUUUUGGUUCAAGAAUUCAUGGGAAAUGAGUUCAUGAAAGAAGACUUCCUUCCUAAGGGAAGUGUUCCUAGGGAAGAGGUUCCAAGUUCAGGUUUCGGGUUUAGGGAAGACGACUCUGUUCCUAAGGGAGAGGUUCCUGAGGAACAGGUUCCAAGUUCAGAUUCCGGGUUUGCGGUUCCAGGUUUAGGGUUUAGUGUUCAUGUUCCUGAGGGAUGUGUUCAUAUGGAACAGGUUCCCAGUUCAGAUUCGGGGUUUACGGUGUAG